AUGCUUCAGGAACAGUCUGCUUCGAUGAGCAUGGUAAUGAAUAAUACGCCCACAACAGUUGCGGCUUUGGCUGCAGUUGCUGCAGCCUCAGAAACAAACGGGAAACUGGAGUCCGAAGAACUUCCUGAGAUCACGAUUCCCAAGCCAAGGAGUAGCGCGCAGUUAGAGCAGUUGCUGUACCGCUAUAGAGCUAUUCAAAACCAUCCGAAGGAAAAUAAAUUGGAGAUGAUGGCAAUAGAGAAUACCUUUAGAGCUAUCUCACGUGACCAAAACCUCUAUGAAACUAAAUUGGACGCUUUGAGGAAGAGCAUAGACGAUGGAUUUCACUAUGAUGAAGAUUUGUUGAACAAACAUUUGGUCGCGUUGCAGUUACUGGAAAAAGAUACGGAUGUCCCGGACUACUUCUUAAACUUUUCAGACAUUGAUAGCGAUGAAACUGCGGUGGAGAAAGUAGAUUUUUCUGGAGGGAAACCAGUAAAAAUUUCUAUGGAUUUCAAUGCGAAGGCCAAAAGUUUAGGUUUAGAAUCAAAGUUUUCUAAUACUUCAAAGACUGCACUGGGCGACCCAGAAACCGAAAUAAGGAUUUCUGCACGUAUAUCUAACAGAAUCAGUGAGUUGGAAAGAUUACCUGCCAAUUUGGGUACAUACUCGCUGGACGAUUGCUUAGAAUUUAUAACAAAGGAUGAUUUAUCUUCCAGAAUGGAUACCUUCAAGAUCAAAGCUCUCUUGGAGCUGAAAAGCUUAAAGCUACUGACCAAACAAAAAUCCAUUAGACAAAAAUUAAUCAAUAAUGUCGCCAGUCAAGCACAUCACAGCGUUCCAUAUUUGCGCGAUUCUCCUUUCACAGCAGCUGCACAAAGAUCAGUUCAAAUUAGAAGUAAAGUUAUUGUCCCACAGACUGUUCGCUUAGCAGAAGAAUUAGAAAGACAGCAGUUAUUGGAAAAGAGAAAAAAGGAGCGUAAUUUACAUUUACAGAAAAUAAACAACAUUAUCGAUUUUAUCAAAGAGAGACAAUCCGAACAAUGGUCUCGUCAAGAACGUUGCUUCCAAUUUGGUAGAUUGGGUGCUUCAUUACAUAACCAAAUGGAGAAGGACGAACAAAAAAGAAUGGAAAGGACUGCCAAGCAACGUUUGGCUGCUUUGAAAUCCAAUGAUGAAGAAGCCUAUUUGAAAUUGUUAGACCAAACUAAGGAUACUAGAAUUACACAACUAUUAAGACAAACUAAUACCUUUUUGGACUCUUUGUCAGAAGCCGUGAGAGCACAACAAAAUGAGGCGAAAGUACUUCACGGCGAAGAAGUUCUAUCUAUCACUGACGAAGAAAGAGAAAAGACUGACUAUUACGAAGUGGCUCAUAGAAUCAAAGAAAAGGUUGAUAAACAACCUUCCAUUCUCGUUGGUGGUAUUUUGAAGGAGUAUCAAAUACGUGGUCUAGAAUGGAUGGUAUCGCUAUACAAUAAUCAUUUAAAUGGUAUUUUAGCAGAUGAAAUGGGUUUAGGUAAAACUAUUCAAUCUAUUUCUCUGAUAGCGUACCUAUAUGAAACGAAGAAGGAUAUGGGACCUUUCCUAGUCAUUGUACCUCUAUCGACGAUUACUAACUGGACAUUGGAAUUCGAGAAAUGGGCGCCAAGCUUAAACACUAUCAUAUACAAAGGUACGCCCAAUCAAAGACACUCUUUACAACAUCAGAUAAGAAUUGCAAAUUUUGAUGUCUUAUUAACAACUUAUGAAUACAUUAUCAAGGAUAAAUCCCUUUUGUCCAAGCAUGAUUGGGCUCACAUGAUUAUUGAUGAAGGUCAUAGAAUGAAAAAUGCCCAAUCGAAAUUGUCAUUCACAAUCUCUCAUUAUUAUCGCACAAGAAAUAGAUUGAUUUUAACAGGUACUCCCUUACAGAACAAUUUACCCGAAUUAUGGGCAUUAUUAAACUUUGUUUUGCCUAAAAUUUUCAACUCUGCGAAGACUUUUGAAGAUUGGUUUAAUACCCCAUUUGCCAAUACUGGUACCCAAGAAAAACUGGAAUUGACUGAAGAAGAAACACUGUUGAUCAUUAGAAGAUUGCACAAGGUGUUGAGACCAUUUUUGUUACGUCGUUUAAAGAAAGAAGUGGAGAAAGAUUUGCCUGAUAAAGUGGAAAAAGUUAUUAAAUGUAAACUUUCCGGUUUGCAACAACAGUUAUACCAGCAAAUGCUAAAGCAUAACGCUCUUUUCGUUGGUGCAGGGACAGAGGGUGCUACUAAAGGUGGGAUUAAAGGUUUGAACAAUAAAAUUAUGCAAUUAAGAAAAAUUUGCAACCAUCCCUUCGUGUUCGAUGAAGUGGAAGGUGUGGUAAACCCUUCAAGGGGAAAUAGUGAUCUACUUUACAGAGUUGCCGGUAAGUUUGAAUUGUUGGACCGGGUGCUACCGAAAUUCAAAGCUUCAGGUCAUAGGGUACUAAUGUUUUUCCAAAUGACUCAGGUCAUGGAUAUUAUGGAAGAUUUUCUAAGAAUGAAAGAUUUGAAGUAUAUGAGAUUAGAUGGUAGUACUAAGACCGAGGAAAGAACAGAAAUGUUGAAUGCAUUCAAUGCUCCAGGUUCAGAUUAUUUCUGUUUCCUUUUGUCAACUAGAGCGGGUGGUUUGGGUUUGAAUUUACAAACUGCUGAUACGGUUGUUAUUUUCGAUACAGAUUGGAAUCCACAUCAAGAUUUACAAGCUCAAGAUAGAGCUCAUAGAAUUGGGCAGAAGAAUGAGGUUAGAAUUCUAAGGUUGAUUACUACGGAUUCCGUGGAAGAGGUUAUUCUGGAAAGAGCCAUGCAGAAAUUGGACAUUGACGGUAAAGUUAUUCAGGCAGGUAAGUUUGACAACAAAUCUACCGCAGAGGAACAAGAAGCAUUUUUAAGAAGAUUGAUCGAAAGUGAAACGAGUAGGGACGAUGAUGACAAGGCAGAGUUAGAUGAUGAUGAGCUGAAUGACACCUUAGCUAGAAGUGCCGAGGAGAAAAUAUUAUUUGACAAAAUUGACAAAGAAAGAAUGAACCAAGAAAGGGCAGAUGCCAAAGCUCGUGGCUUGAGAGUCCCACCUCCUAGAUUAAUUCUACUUGACGAACUACCUAAAGUGUUCAGAGAAAAUAUUGAAGAACAUUUCAAAAAGGAGGAUUCUGAACCUUUAGGGAGGAUUAGACAGAAAAAAAGAGUUUAUUACGAUGACGGUCUAACUGAAGAACAGUUUUUGGAAGCAGUGGAGGAUGACAAUAUGUCAUUGGAGGACGCUAUCAAGAAAAGACGUGAAGCUCGCGAGAAAAGAAGAUUGCGUCAAAAUAACACGAAGGAAAACGAAAUAGAAACUCUUGAGAAUACACCUGAGGCACCCGAACUUCCAUUGACAGAUAAUAACAGCUCCACCACAGUCGUGGAUGAGGAAACUACUGCUAAUAUGGAAUCGACAGUCUCCAUCUCCAAACGCCGUAGUAGUAGAAGGAAGAGAACCCUUGCCGUUAUUACCGCGGAAGGUAAAGAAAAUGUUCCAAAGAAUAAUCUUCCUCAGGGAAAUGGAGAUGUCAAGGCAGAGGAGGAACUAAAAAGUAGUUCUGUCGAGAUCAUAAAUGGAUCAGAAUCCAAGAAAAAGAAACCUAAAUUGACGGUCAAGAUAAAAUUAAAGAAGACAACUGUAACGGACAAUAAUGAUAUCGACCAGCCAGAGGAAAAGCAAGAGGUAAAAUUUCCUGCGAAAAAGGCUGUAGCCAAAAAAACGAAGGCUAAAGCCAAGCCGCUUGGAAUUCUCCCCACAGUGGAAAAAUUAGUGGAAGAAAUGCGUGAACAGUUAGACGAAGCAGAUUCCCAUCCAAGAGUUUCCAUUUUCGAAAGACUUCCAUCAAGGCGCGACUAUCCGGAUUACUUCAAGGUCAUCGAAGAGCCGAUGGCUAUUGAUAUUAUAUUAAAGAACUGCAAGAACGGCACGUACAAGACUUUGGAUGAUGUAAAACAAGCCUUGCAGACGAUGUUUGACAAUGCCAGAUUUUAUAAUGAGGAAGGUUCCUGGGUUUACGUCGAUGCCAACAAGCUGAAUGAGUUUACCGACGAGUGGUUCAAAAAAAACUCAUCGUAG